UGGAGUGAGUGAAGAAGCUCAGAAUUCAGAAGGCAUUCAUCUCAUCAUCGCAGUGGUUCGAGUCUUCGUGGCUGAUGAUGGGGAGUACGCUGCUUCGAAUCCUCGUCUCUCUCGUGCUCUCUCUCGCCAUCGCGGCGAGGGCCUACAAGCACAAGUCCCUGAACCGAUCCGGAGCGAUGAUGGGGUUCGUCGUCAUGGCCAUCCACAUCGCCGCCGGCUAUAGGUUCGGCGUUCUCAUCCUCGUCUUCUUCUUCACCUCAUCUAAGCUCACCAAGUUCGGGCAGGAGAAGAAACGGACCAUCGACGAAGAUUUCAAGGAGGGAGGCCAGCGGAACUGGAUUCAGGUUUUGGCUAAUAGUGCAAUUGCAACUGUAUUAGUUGUUAUUCUUGUGACUAUAACUGGGGGUGAAGAUAGAUGUUUGGAUACAAAGAACUCGGCUUUGAUAACUGGGCUCACCGGUGGUGUUAUUGGACAUUAUGCAUGCUGUAAUGGAGAUACCUGGUCAUCUGAGAUUGGAAUGCUGAGUAAAGGACAGCCCCGGCUCAUUACAACCUUCAAGCCAGUCAAGAAGGGUACAAAUGGUGCAGUCACUAUAGAAGGGCUUCUGGCAGCUGCAGCAGCUGGCUUUGUCAUUGGGUUGGCUUACACAUUAGUUGGACUACUUACAACUGGAUGUGCUGGUGAUGUAGCUUGGAAGCAGUUGCUUGUGGUACCCAUUGCCACUGCAAUGGGACUAUGUGGAAGCUUGAUUGAUUCACUGUUGGGUGCCACGGUGCAAUUCAGUGGAUAUUGCUCCUUACGGAAGAAGGUGGUUAGUAAACGUGCACCAAGUGUUACAAAGAUAUCUGGAAUGAACAUCCUGGAUAACAAUGGUGUGAAUGCAGCCUCCAUUCUUCUUACAACAUUGCUCACUUCAGUUGCAUGUCUGUACAUCUUUUGAGACUGGAAUUGACAUGCAGCUGGAAGUCUCCGACAUAAUAAAUAUUUUAGACUACCUUACAAUGCAUGCAGUUGUCGUUAUCACGUGCCUAGUCGUCUGUCACCUUCAUAGCGUACAUCUUGCCUUUGUAGGUCACAUCAUGUAUAGUUUUCAAUCAAAGUUAUUAUUCGAAAGCUAAUAAUAGAUAAAUAAUGUGUUCUGGAAACAAAUCGUAAAAAGGGUUGUUUGAUUUUGUUG